GGCCAGGUUUAGGGAAACAGGAAAACUGAUGCAAGGAAAUGGACUACGUCACCAGCCAGCCCACUACAGUCUGUGCUAAAAGUAGAAUCGAGACCAGCGCAAGUAUGGAGUCUUUGCACAAGUCCCCAAUGAAACUUAUACUUUUGACAGCAUGGCUUUCCAGUCUGAUGGACCCAUGCAGCCUCUCUGACAUUUGCGAUUCUUGUCACCGACUUGCAACAUGCAAGGCCCAGAACGGAUCAAAUGAUGGCUGCUUCUGCAACCAUGGAUAUACUGGAGAUGGAACAACGUUUUGCAACGAUGACAACGAGUGCCAGAAUGUGACUAAUAUCUGCGGGGACAGGGGGAGCUGCACCAACACAGCAGGCAGCUACUACUGUACCUGUGUCUCUGGAUACACAUCGACAGGAAUGGCCGAGUUCCAGCCCAAUGAUGGCACUGAAUGCGUCGAUAUUGAUGAAUGCCAGCCAGGACAGAUCUGUGGACCAAACUCACGCUGCCAUAAUACGAAUGGAUCUUUCUAUUGCACCUGUCAGCGUGAUUACAUCCCAACUUCAGGCACUAAGCACUUUCAUCCAGAGUCAGGCGCAAGAUGUAAAGAGCAUCCCCAAAAAUACUGCCACGACAACAUCGGGUGUAUCACACAGACUGUCAACAAAACACUUGAAUAUAUGAGCAACCUAACGGAGCCUCAGAGUUUACUGAAGGAAAUCGUCAAGCAGACGUCCGGCGAGCUCACAUCAGUGCAAGUGAUCGCAUAUGUUGAGGCCUUGUGUCGAUCUGCAUCAAUCCUGACUGCGGAGGGAAAGGAUUCCACUGUCAAACCGUCCGUCAUCAACUCGACCCUUACAAAAUUUGUGAAAGCAGUAAACAACUUGGUGGAGAAAGAUGAACUGGUGGCUUGGAGCCGAAUAAAAGAAGAGCGCCGGGAACAUACCAUCACCAAGCUGCUGCACACUGUGGAAGAAAGUGCUAUGAGUCUGGCUAACAACUACAAGACUCCAACUGAGCUUGAAAUCAAAGCCACGGAAAUGGAAUUGAAACUCUUCACUUUUAAUGUUCGUCACACAAAAGCCAAGCUGUCUGUUUCAAUGGGAGGAGAUCAUAUCAAUCUAACUCCGAAACUGAGACCAGAGGAGGACAGGAAUGGAAGUGUGUCAGCAGUGUUUGUGCGGUACGACAGCAUCAGUGACAUCCUGAAGCCGAGCAGCGACCCAGGUGUCACCGACUACUCGCGCUAUGCAGAGACUGGGGAAAUCACUGUCAACUCCCAAGUCAUAGCAGCAGCCGUCAGACCUGCUGAUGUUUACCAAGUUGACCAUGUCACUUUCACUCUGAGACACAACGAGCCCAUCGACACUCAGGAUGAUGUGACCAGUUGUGCGUUCUGGGAGUACGAGGCGGACAGCCUGCAGGGCCGCUGGGCCAGGCACGGCUGCAAGACGGUCCACGUCACCAGCAACGCAACCACCUGCUCCUGCAACCACCUCACACACUUCGCCAUCCUCAUGUCCUCGGGGCGAGCCAAUCUGGUGGCCCACUACACCGUCCUGACCCGGAUCACACAGCUGGGGAUGAUCAUCUCCCUCAUCUGUCUGUCCAUGUGCAUCUUCACCUUCUGGUUCUUCAGUGAGAUCCAGAGCACCCGAACAACCAUCCACAAGAACCUGUGCUGCAGCCUCUUCAUGGCUGAGUUCAUCUUCCUGGUGGGGAUCAACAUGAACACACACAAGCUUUUCUGCUCGGUGAUUGCAGGGCUGCUGCACUAUUUCUUCCUCGCAGCCUUUGCCUGGAUGUGCAUCGAGGGCAUCCAUCUGUACUUAAUAGUCGUUGGCGUCAUCUACAACAAAGGCUUCCUGCACCGUAACUUUUACAUCUUCGGCUACGGGAGCCCGGCAGUGGUGGUGGCCAUCUCGGCGACGCUCGGGUCCAAGUAUUACGGCACUGAUAAAUUGUGCUGGCUGAGUACAGAAAAUCACUUUAUCUGGAGUUUCAUUGGGCCGGCCUGUUUGAUCAUUCUGGUUAAUCUCUUGGCUUUUGGAGUCAUCAUCUACAAAGUGUACCGCCAUACUGCUGUGAAGAAGCCUGAAAUCAGCCACUAUCAAAACAUCAGGUCCUGUGCCCGCGGGGCCCUGGCCCUGCUCUUCGUGCUUGGGGCCACCUGGACCUUCGGGGUGCUGCACAUCCUGCAUGAGACCACCCUCACUGCAUAUCUGUUCACCAUCGCCAACGCCUUCCAGGGGAUGUUCAUCUUCAUCUUCCUGUGUGUCCUGUCCAGAAAGAUUCAGGAGGAGUACUACAGGCUUUUCAAAAACAUGCCCUGUUGUUUUGAAUGCCUGAGAUGAAUUGAGGAGAAUAAAGCUGAUCACCUGCACUUCUAAAAUAAUAGUCCACACUGUAGCCUGGCAAUAUCCUGUGACUCGUGCUUUUUGUUUUGCAAAAAUCCAUGUGGGAGGAAUAUGUUAACUUCAGAUGUCUAAUAAAAGAGAAAAGGCAGCACUUGUAAUUACUAAAUGUUUCCCUUUUAAAGACUGCUAUCAUAUAUUCUUCAUGUGUGUUUAUUUCAUGUUUACGAUCUUGCGUCGACUACUGUAUCAGCAUUUUCACAAAACACAUUCCUCUGAGUAGUGUAUUGUUUCUGGUUUAAUUUAUGCCUUUGCAAUAAUCAGCCUUACUGUGCAGUCUGUUGUCUUUGUUCCUUUCUUGUGUUUCAAAUUGAUUUGUAAAUUAUUAAAAAUGAAUGAUGCAAACUAACACAUAUCUGUGCAGCGCACUUCUUUUAUGUGCAAAAUCAAAGGUCUUGUUUUUAAUACAUUAUCAAACUCCCAUUGAUGAUCGUCACAAGACUAAGUGUACUGGAUAUGAAUUCCUCUCGCAUGAUAACAGUUUGGUAGGUCAAUGGCUCCAUCUGCUGGACAUUUUGAGGAACAGUUGUAGCACUAAACAUUUCACAAAAACUGACAGCUGGCACCACUUUCUGAUGUUUAAAUGUGUCUGCUUCAUCAGACAAAAUCAUGUAUUUAACAUAUUGUUCCUGUGAUGUAGCAUUCAAAGGCUUUGUGAAACUGAGCUUUAAAUAAAUAAAUUGUGGUUGAACCUUUA